AAGCUCUGAAAAGCCUGAAAUCUUUUCGAAUUGUUGCAUGGGGCUGUUUUUAUAAGUGUUAAUUAGCUCGAAACCUCUUAGGAACAGUAUGAUUAUGUUUUGUUAAUUUGAUUUUCUUUUGGUAACUUUUGUGUGAAAGCAACGUGUUAACCGAUGAUUUUUGUGUACUUUCUUUGAUGAUCGUCAGUAAAAUCACUGUGGUUUUGGGGCAAGCCAUUCAAAAUUGAGCUUCGUAGCUUCCGCUCAACUUGCUCUUGAACUAAGGGGUGUUUGGCUGCACGGAACAGUUAAGUUAAAUAGGAUUUAGUAAAUAUGUAAAUCCGGAUUUAUCAAAUCCAAAUGUGUUAAAUCCACAAAGAUGUUUGGUAUGAUUUAGGUUAAAUCCCUUCGCAAUAUUUGGUGAUUGUCUCCUCCUCCCGUCCGUGCGAUGAGAGAAGCCUUCCUACUUAAAACCGUUAAAUCCGCCUAUUCAUCAGAUUUAAGAAAACUAGGAUUUUGGUUGAGGAGAAGAUAAUGGAUUUAGCGAAGUUUCGGAAUUAACUCCCUGUUUUUUGCGUUUGGCAGGAUUUAUGUGAAAUCCUAACUUAAAUAUCUGAAAUAUGAUUUUCUUUGAAAGAUCAAAAGGCUUAAUAAGGUCUAAAAUCAAUCCUGGGGGGAGCUAGCUAUGAAGUGCUUCAAUUUCAUUAUAUCAGAAAAGAAAGAAGAUCUUCAAUGCACAAAAUCUUCAUCAAUUAGAUCCUGUAGCACAACCUCGACUGAUCCUGAUGUCAAGAGAUCAGGAUCUGAGAUCAGCUCAUUAGCCACAUCCGACACGAGCGCUGAUUCGAGAAGGAGGUCUCGGUUGCAGAGUUUCUCUCAGAGAGCAAGCAAUCUGCGAGUUUUUUCUGUUACUGAACUUAAGAAUGCCACAAAAAGCUUUAGUCGUUCAGUAAUGAUUGGAGAAGGUGGCUUUGGAUGCGUUUAUAGGGGAACAAUUAGGGGUUCUGAUGACCCAAAUUCUAAGAUUGAAAUUGCAGUGAAACAGCUAGGCCGGAGAGGGUUACAGGGGCAUAAAGAAUGGUUGACAGAAGUAACUUUUCUCGGCAUUGUUGAGCAUCCAAAUCUUGUUAAGUUAAUUGGCUAUUGUGCUGAAGAAGAUGAAAGGGGGCCUCAGAGGCUUCUUAUUUACGAGUACAUGCCUAAUAGAAGUGUUGGGGAUCAUCUGUUAGCCCGAUCAACCAUGCCUCUUUCGUGGCCGAUGAGAUUAAGGAUAGCUCUUGAUGCUGCUCGUGGCUUGUCGUAUCUUCACGAAGGAAUGGACUUUCAGAUUAUAUUUCGGGAUCUCAAAACUUCCAACAUUCUCUUGGACGAGCAGUGGAAUGCUAAGCUCUCAGACUUCGGCUUGGCCAGAGAAGGCCCAGAAGAAGGUUCAACUCAUGUUUCUACGGCGGUCGUUGGAACGCUAGGCUAUGCGGCUCCUGAAUACAUGCAUACCGGUCGACUCACUGUCAAGAGUGACAUAUGGAGUUUCGGGGUUGUCCUCUACGAACUCAUCACCGGCCGCAGCCCCAUUGAUCGCAAUCGACCAAAGAACGAGCAAAAGCUCUUGGAGUGGGUUAAACCAUACAUCUCCGACAUCAAGAAGUUCCGAAUGAUAAUAGAUCCGAGGCUCGACGUUCGCUCCUCUCUGAAAUCUGCAAUGCGGCUGUCGACCGUCGCGAACCGGUGCCUUGUGCGGCAGGCGAAGUUGAGGCCGAGGAUGACUGAAGUUAUGGAAAUGUUGCAGAGAAUUGUGGACGGCACAUUGAAUGGGGCUCCUCAGCCUCCAUUGAAGCCAGUUGGGCUUCAGGAGGAAGGGUUUGAAGAGAGUAAAAAGAAGGGGUUGGAUCUGAAGAGAAGGUUGAGUGAAUUGAAAAUGGGAGAGGGGAAGAGGUUGGUGUGGAGAAGAUGGACACCAAAGCUUGUGAAAACACACUAAGUGUGGUAGUGAAGAUGAUGGAACAGGUUAGCUGGUUUGUUAAUAUUUUUGAAAUGCACAAGGGUUAUUUAUUUUUUCUUUUAUAACUGUAUAAUGAUGAGGUGUUUGUCUGUUUCAGAAUUGAAUUUGGGUUUAACCUUCUUUUCAUGCUGUUUUAUAGUCUUGUACAGUAUGCACUCACCAAAUAAAAAGUUACUGUCA